ACCUCAGCUGGUGACGGGCUGUACUUCUCACCUGUUCUCUGCUCAGAACAAACCCAGAGGAGUCUGACAGCCACUGACAGGAGAAACACAGAAAACUGGCAUCUGUACAGGUGGAAACUCUCUUCAUGUCAGACAGCGGGAGAAACGUGGGCGAUGUUCAGAACCUGUUUCGGUUCCACAGAGGUGAUGGUUCAGAGAAGACCAGGAAGUUCUACAACACCUGGGCAGAAUCCUACGAAGAGGAUGUUAAACUCCUGAAGUACCAGGGACCAGAGCACCUUGUAGACUUCCUGAAGGACAACUUCUCUGGUGAUCCUAAGGAGCUUCAGGUUCUGGAUGUUGCCUGUGGGUCUGGACUGGUUGCUAAACUGGGGGCUUCAUCUGUGUGGCUAAAGGAAACCACUGUGGAGCAGCAGAGGAGGAGUACCAGAGGAGUCUGGAGCGAGAGGUGCAGCUGAUGGAGGAGGAGGGUCUGUGGAGCCGGGUCUCCUUCAGACAGGUGGACAGGUACAUGCUGGACCCCUGGGAGGACGAGGAGACCUACAUCAGUGGCAGUUUUUACUUCUACAAGAAGUCCAGCAGUCCUCAAAUAAAGCCUUUAAACUAAC